AUGACUGGAUCCUUUGCCGUGGUAAUUUUGUGGGCCAUUUAUGGAGCCGGAAGUACUGCUACGUUAGCAGUUCUACAACCGACUGAACACUGGUGGAUUCUCAUGUUUGCCAAUGUUAUAUUACCAUCACAAGCGGUUUUACUGGCCCUGCUCUAUUACUCUUGGAAAUCGAGGCACAUAUUUAAAGCAUUCAGCGACUGGAUUGACAAUCUGCUUGCCGCAAGUAACACUAUAAUGCUUCCUACAAUUGACCUGAUACUGAGGAUCACCGUUUUUGAUAGCGGAGCCCCAUCGAGAACGAACCCUCCUUCGAUUGAGACAAUCCUUGUGAAUACAUUUCUAAUUUUCGGAGAUGUGUCGCUUUGCGUGGUGCAGCUGUUUGGCAAAUUGGCUUUCAUCCAGUUCAGCAAUAUCAAGAUAGCCACGGAUCUAGAUCCUCGACAUUUAUUCGGGAUGGCCUGGCGCAAGCAUAGUGUUCGUGUCGGUAAAACUGCCGCAUCGAGACCUGCUCCUUCAGAGGUACCACAGGCAUUCAACGUUGUAGGUGGCAGCGCAAUGAAUACGUAUGGCCCGUCAGCAGUCUCCUCGAAAUCCUUCGAAUGCAAAAAGCAACAAGCCGAGACCGCUGCCUCUACCGUUCUUGGUGUCGGUUGAAAAAAUUGAUAUUAAUUGCUUGCUGUGCACAAUUUGGUACCCGUGAUGAACCACCUCGUAGAACACUACAGAGUAUCCUAAUAUUCGAUGACAGGGUUGAACAUAGCAUCCUGAUAUAGGACAUCAGAAGGAAAAAU